UGAAUAAAUUAAGGCAUUCGCUAUUAAACUGAAUCUUAUUAUUUCUGCAGACGAUGUCAGCGCUUGGGGUGCUUCUGCUUGUCGGCGCCCAGGGCACCACCAUUAUUAGCAUUAAAUAUCCGCCGCAUGGCGCUGAAGCACAUGAGAACCCGCAGCCGGUCAAGCGGGAUCUCAGUGUGAGCUAUGCAGCAACCAAUAUUGACUCCAAGGAGGGCACACGCGUGAAGACCAUCACCGUGAUCAAGAAUGUGGGCGGCAUUGGCCAUGGCGGCGAGUCGGGCUCAUCGAAUUCGGCGAGCAACAACCGAGUGAAGCUGGCCAUCAAUCCCGAACUCCACAAGAACGAGGAAUGGGCCAGUGCGUUUCGCGAUAACUUUGAAUUUUACGGUGGACUGCCCGAAGUGCCCGACAUAGACGAACUCUUCGACUUUGUCAAUCGCAAGAAGCCGACCAAAGCCCUCGAGACGGAGGCUAAGGAGCCGAAGUCCACGGUUGUUGUGGAGAGCACGUCAACGACGCAAGCACCGACAAAAUCAGCCAGCGAACAUGCCCAAGACACCAGCGAUACUGAUGAGGCAACCGUGGAGAAGAUCAAUGGCGAUGCCGAGCUCCUGCCCCACAUCAAGCAGGCCAAUAUAUUGCGUCUGCAAGCGCUGGCCAUAAAGCAACAGCAACCCCAACAAAAGGAGCAGGAGCAGGAGCCAGCGAGACGACUGCAAACGCGCGAAUCUCUCGUCAAUGUGAACUAUUCGACGCCCAUGCAUUCUGUUAGUCAGUUCUUUGAGAAUUAUGUGCAGGUGUUGCCCAAUGGCUAUGACUACACCAAGCCCCCGCAGCAGCAGCAGCCGCAGCAGCAGCCGGCAUGCAAACAACCAAAUAGCAUACAGGUGACGACUCCAUCGGGACGUACCUAUGACAUACCGCAGAGCAACAGCAGCGGCACCAACGGCGGCAUCAAUCAUCCCUAUUUGGCACCAACGCUAGCCAAGCGAACGCAGAUACAGCAGCCAAGCCUGCCUCAACAGCAGCCACAGCAGCCGCCUAACAUCUCUCCGGUUAACUCGCUUGUGCCGCCCAUUGCACAACCCGUGCAAGGUAAUCUUCAGCCUAAUCCGUCACUGCAACAGCAACAGCAGCAACAGCAACCGCAAUCGCCGAAAUUGGCUGCCGGCGCUGGUAUAUCCACUAGCCAGCGGCCAUAUGUAGCGCCCAGUCUGCGCAACAAUGGUCUGGGUAUCAAUCGUGGCCCAGGGACGCCACCCACGUAUGGAUCUGCUGGCAACAGUGUCAACAGUGGAUUGCCCAGCUAUCGUAAUAAUGUUGUUGGUGGCGCCAAUCUUCCAAACAUAUUUCGAUCUCGCGGCUUAAAGUAUUGAUAUAUGUAUUGUAUGUACGUACAUCAACUGUUAUUCUUACGAGAAGUA